AUGUUUUGUCUUGGCACCGUCGUCAAUGUCUACAAGCUAUGGUUGUGUGUACGUCUUGAAGGAUUGGAUAAUUCGCAUGAGAAGUGGAUAUUCUGCGAUGAUGAAUCCAUACAACCAAUCGGAGAUAGCGCUGAAGAUCAAAUGAAGUUGAAUCCUCCAAUUGGCUUCAUUCAUCAUCAUGGUACAUUCCCAAAAUUUUUGGAACAGCAUUUAAAGCCUGACGAUGAAACGGGAGAGUCUAUGCUUUGUCCAGCAGAAUGGUUCCGGCCGAUCUCAGAAAACCUCCGGCCGCCUCGAAAUCUAUUCAAAGUUGGUCAAAAAGUAGAAGCAAUCGAUCAGAGGAGUUUCAACGGAAAAACUUCACCUGCUACUAUUGUCGACGUUACUAAGAAAUAG